GGGGGGGUGGGGACCCCGGAUUUGCUUACCCCGCAAUUGCACCUGGUAGCCCUGGACCCUCCAGGAUGUCUUCUUCUUCUGCAUCUCCAUCUUUGUUGGGUUGCAAAGGUGCAUCUGCUGCUGCAUCUGCUUCUGCUGCAAGCACUGAGCGUCCCAAAGUACCCCGGACCAGGGCUGCCACUUGGAGCCACCGGGAGACCUUGGAUUUCCUAUCCCUUUGGGGGGGAAGAGGGCAUCCAGGCGCAGCUGAACCGGUGCCACCGCAACGCCGACGUCUACCAAUGGAUCUCGGAGCGGAUGGCCGUGCGGGGCUACUCCCGGGACGAGGACCAGUGCCGCACCAAGGGCAAGGACCUCAAGAAGAGCUACAAGCAAGCCAAGCUCCAGCCAGAUGGCAUCGCUAGGCAGCGCUGCCGCUUCUUCCAUGAGCUGGAUGCCAUCCUCGGGGGUGGCAAGGUUGGAUCGGGGGGGCGAGGAGGGAGAAGGACCAACACCAGCACCACCAGCAGCAUCCCAAAGGGCAAUGGAGCUGGCACUGCUGCCCCUUGGUGCCAAGUGGUGAUCAAAGAAGAGAGUGAUCCAGAGCUGGAUCCGGAUCAAGAACUCCAGGAGCAGGAAGAGGGGGAGGAGGAGGAAGGCUACACCUGGACCCAGGUGACUGUCAAUGAGGGGAGCGACCUGGAUGGCCCCCAAUGUGAACCCAGUGCCCACCCUGCUUCCUCCUCCUCUUCCUCCUCUUCUUCCCAAACUGUUGGGGGUUUGGUUCCUCCUGAAGACCACUAUCAGCAUCUCCAUCAUGUCCCAGGUGGGAUUGUGAAGGAAGAGCCAGCGGAAGAGGGUAGGCUCCAAGGGGACACACUGAUUCAUAAGGAUGGCAAUGGUGGAGGGUCUUAUCUCUACGCCCAGGAAAGUGCCCAUGUGGAGACCCCCCAAGUAGAGAUCUUGGGGUCUCAGAUGGUGGAGGAAGCUCAUCAUCCGGAGGAGGAAGCCCCCUGGAGACCCUCGAUAAGCAGGAGAGUUUUUUCCAGGCCUCGAAGCUUGUUGAGCACGCGAGAGAAGUUGGCGCAGCUCCGCAACCGAAGGAAGAGACCUCGAGAUGACAAAUUUGAUGAACUCAUCCGAGACAUUCGAACUCAUUUCAGGGAGAGGGAGAGGCUCUUCCAGGGCCUUUGGGAGGAAGAGAAAGCCCAGCGGGAGAAGGACCGGAGGCUUUGGGCUGCUGAGAUGAACUGGAUCCGGGAGAUGUGGGCCAAGAGCCAGAAGGAAAAGGAGGCCACAACAGAGGGAAAAGACAAGGAGCCGAAUGGACCUCGACGUGUAAAGGAAGAGAACUGCAACAGGGACUUCUACAAAGAUGUUGAAGGGGAAGCUCCCAAAGACACCCAUGCUCAGGAACCCCUUCUCUUAAAGUCCUGGCUGGAAUCUCAUGGCUGUAGCUUUGGGCAUUUCCUUGAUGGCCAAUGGCUGAAGCCAGACGGAAGGGAGAUCUGUUCCAUCAAGAACCCCAGCACAGGGUGUCUUCUGGCUACCACCCUCCAGGGAAAUAGAGAAGAUGUGAAUGCAGCAGUUGAUGCUGCCACAAAAGCUUUUGAAACCUGGAGCCAACUCCCUGGCCACAUUCGAGCCCGGCACUUGUACAAUGUGUCUAGAACCAUCCAGAAACAUCAGUAUCUUCUCAGCAUUCUGGAGAGCCUAGACAGUGGGAAGCUAAUUCGAGAAGCCCGUGACACAGACCUGCCUUUGGUGGUCCGGCAUUUCUAUCACCAUGCAGGCUGGGCCCAACUGAUGGACGUGGAGAUGAAGGGGUGGAAGCCUCUAGGUGUUGUUGCAACUCUCAUCCCUCGGAAUUUUCCUUUGCUGACUCUGACAUGGAAAGUGUGUCCGGCGUUGGCUAUGGGAAACACGGUGGUCCUAAAACCAGCCAGCUCCACCUGCCUUACAGCUCUGUUCCUGGCUCAGCUCUGUUCCCAGGCUGGGUUACCUCCUGGAGUAUUCAAUGUCAUCACAGGGGAUCAGGGGCUGGGAGAAGCCUUGGCUGCCCAUCCAGGCAUUGACAAAGUGGCUUUUGCUGGUUCUGCAGAGGUGGGCCGUAGCCUGCACCGUGCCACUGCUGGGACUGGCAAGAAGCUUUCUCUCCAACUUGGAGGGAAGUUGCCCUUCAUUGUAUUUGAUUCAGCAGACCUGGAUAGCGCUGUUGAUGGACUGGUAGAUGCCAUCUGGUUGAACCAGGGACAGGUCCACAGUGCUGGGUCUCAGCUGCUUCUGCAGGAAUCAAUUGCCAAAGAUUUUAUUCAACGCUUGAAGCACCGAAUGGGUCGGCUCCGCUUGGGGGACUUUCUGGACAAGGCUGUGGACAUGGUCGCCUUGGCUGAUGAGAAGCAACGAGAGGCCAUUGAAAGUCUUGUGGAAGAUGCAAGGGCUGAAGGUGCAGAGAUCUUCCAGGCCAAGGCAUCUCUUCCAUCAAGUGGCCUAUUCUACCCUCCAACCUUAAUCACUGGUGUGCACACUACCUCUCGUUGUGUUAGGGCAGAGAUCUUUGGACCAGUGCUGGUAUCACUCACUUUCCGGACAGCAAAGGAAGCAGUGGCUUUGGGGAACAAUACUCCCUAUGGGAUGGUUGCCAGUGUGUGGACAGAAACCCUUCCCUUAGCUCUGGAAGUUGCCCGCAGUUUGCAAGUUGGAACUGUAUGGAUCAAUGGCCACAAUAUGUUAGAUGCUGCAUCUGCCUUUGGGGGAUACAAGGAAAGUGGCUUUGGUCGGGAUGGAGGCAAAGAGGGCCUGUAUGAAUAUGUGAGACCGAAUUGGGAGAACCGACCACCACCCUGUACCUUAGACCUGAACUAUAAAACCUUAGCUACCUCACAGGAGUCUGAGCUUCCUCCAGUCAUGACAGAAAACAAAGUCUCAUGCUUGAUCACCUCUGGACCAGAAAGAAGCAUCCCAAGUGUGGACCGAACCUACAAGUUGUACUAUGGAGGCGCUCAGAAGAGACCAGAUUCCAUGAGUUCCCGGCCUGUCCUUGAUCACGCCGGCAAAAUUGUAGCAUAUGUGGCAGACGGCAGCUUCAAAGAUAUCCGUAAUGCUGUGGAAGCAGCUCAUAAGGUUGCUCCAGGGUGGGCCAAGCAGACAGCUCAUGCCCGGGCACAGAUCUUGUACUACCUCGCAGAGAACCUGGAAGUCCGUCGAGCUGAAGUAGCAUCGCAGUUGAAGACACUGACAGGUGCCCAGGAAGAAGUGGCUCUGCAGGAGGUGGAUCUCAGUGUGCAGCGACUCUUCUACUGGGCAGCAUAUGCUGAUAAAUAUGGUGGGGUUGUGCAGGAGACAUCUUUGUAUGGAGCCUCCCUCCUCUUCCGGGAACCAAUUGGUGUAGUGGGAAUUGCCUGUCCUGAUAAGCAGCCACUCCUUUCCUUUGUCAGCUUAUUGGCUCCUGCCAUUAUCCGUGGCAACUGUGUGGUAAUGGUCCCCAGCGAGCUGUACCCAUUACUUGCUUUGGAUUUCUAUCAGAUACUGGACACCUCAGAUGUCCCUGGUGGAGUGGUGAACAUCAUAUCUGGCAAGCGAGAUUAUUUGAGCCGGGGCUUAGCAGAGCACCAAGAUGUGCAGGCUGUAUGGUACUUUGGCUCUAAGGAGGGUUCUGCACUUGUGGAGUGGGCCUCUGCUGGAAAUCUGAAAAGGACUUGGGUGAACUGUGGAGCAGAAGAACGUUGCUGGAGUAAUCCUCAGGAGGGUGCUGGGGAAGAGUUUCUCUACCAGGCCACCCAGUGUAAAAGCGUCUGGAUGCCCAUGGGUGAUAUAUUUGCCAACUGAGUCUCUAGAGCAGUGGACUGAAUUGCAAGGCAAUCAAUCAAGAUUGGGAACAGGAGUGGGGGGAAAGGGUGGAAAAUACUGUGUUUAAGAAAUAAAGACCAUUUGGUAGGUAUUUUUUCAAAAAAAUCUCUGCUUUGAAAUGUUUUUUUCCCCCUCUCUCAUUUAUAGCUAGAGUUGACAGACAGGCAAUUCCUUCUUCCCAUCUAAGUGGAGCAUCAGUUGGUAUAAAUCCCCUUUUUACCCAAGUCACACAGCUCUAGUAUUUUGUGGGGUUUUCAGGCUA